CUUAAGCCUUUAAAUAUAAGAAAAAAGGAAGAUAAAGUAAACAGAAAUAAAUAAAAUUAAAUAUCAUGCGUUACUACCCGACCGCGGAUGUCGACUUUUAUGUUGAGUUCAGUGAUGGAUGGGAUAGAUAUUGUCGGUGGCCCAAUAAAAAAUGGAGAUAUAAAGAUUUAUCUCCUACUACGACAAUCUCUUAUUGGCGCGACCUUGAAGGCGCAAAAAAGGAAUAUAUUCUAUUGGCAGAUUUAUAUUUUGAUAAAUGGUUAAAGACACGCUUAAAUGAAGGUGCCUGUUUGCCGUUAUUAUAUUCAGUUGGUAAUCGAUUCAUUAAGCUGGAAAAAUAUUUCCCUGCUGGAUUCAGAUGCGCUCCAUUGCCAAUGAAUCUUAAGGAAUACAAGGAAAUGCAAGCCAUAAUAAAAGAGGAAGCAAAACAGAAAAAGAAGGCUGCUAAAGAAAAGAAAGCCAAAGGAGAAAAGGGAAAGAAGGGCAAAAAAUAAACACAAAACGGAACGAAGAAAAUUAUAAAAA